AAAAGGUUUCUCAGGAAGACUAAAUUGUAAUAUGGCCAAUUUCCUCUACCCUUCUUGCCUGCACUGGCUCCUAUCACAUGGAUGCUCUAUAGACAUUCUGAGAAUUCGUCACUUAACUUCGAGCAUGCCAGCUAACCAAUAGAUAGGACAACCUUUGCACUCCUGGAAGUGAUCUACAGGCCAUUAUUAGCGCUCUGCCCGCACAUGUUACUGUUCGGGAUUCUCUUCCAUGCUCGAGCGUUCCGGAACCCGAACUUGACCUCGAAGACCAAGCUGCGCAAGCUCUUCAUUAGCAAAGGCUGCAAGCAGCUCCUUGUACCUUUAGACCAGGACAAGACUGAUUGGAGAUCCACGGCUGGAAAAGGGGGGUUUCGUGCGCAUCAGUUCCAAUAUGGAAGUGGUAAGGUGAUGAAUGAGAGUGGUAAAUGGCAAUCUUGCGCCAAGAAUCCAUUGAAUCUUCCUAUCUGCCCAGUGGCUGACGGCUUCGCAGGAAAG